AUAUCAAGUAUUGCACCUGGUAGGGUGUGUAUACAACUUAUGCAAACCACUUACAUUAAAGUAGGAAGAAGGCAUUAAAUAAUUUUCUCGUGAGCAAAUGAGGUUCUUGGAGACUCCACUUUUCUCAAAGAAUGCAAAAAAAAACCCUUUAAAUCCUCCCACAGCAGAACAAGAUGGGGAACCUCACUAGCUUCAGCUGCUGAAAUAUACUUUCCUACCCUAAUAUUUUUAAGGCUGGGUUUCCAGCAUGAAUGAAUCCUCUGGCAAGCAGUGUCCAAUUUUAUACAGCUCAGAAGCCAGUGGUAUGAUGGGCAACAGUAAUGACUCAACAGAAGACCUGAACUAUGAUCAAGCUUUUCAGCAUGCAAGGCAAUUAGGUAAUUUGUCCCGUUCUGCAUUUUUUUCUCAAAAGUUUGCUUCCAGUGUAACCCAGGCUGGAAUUCAUGAUGCAAGUGACACCCUGGAAAUGUUCACUCCUCCUCUGCUCCCUGACUCAGAGCUUGGGAUGAACCAUUAUACUCCCACCUACAAAAACAUGGAACAGAACCAUCAAGAACCACAGUUUGAUACUGUAUCUUCAUGGCGUUUUCAGACUCCAGGGCAGCAGGACCAGGUGACGAGGCAGCAUGUGGAGCAGUUGCAAAGACUGGUGGCUGAACAGCAGAAAAUCAUUGCGCUUUACAACCCAGGCUUUUCUGCUUCUCCUGGGAUACCUUCCCAACUAGGAGACAUGAUGCCACUCUUUCCAUGCUCAUCCACUACUCUAAUUCCUGACCAGUUGCCAUCAGAAAAGUCUUCACAGGCUGAGAGCCUGGAGGACUUGCAGACCGCUCCCUUGUUGAUGUGCUCAGCUUGGCAAAGCAGAUCCUUGCUGUUCGUGCCAAAUGAGAGCAGUUCAGAAGUCUCGGGAGACCAUAUGCAGCUUUCAGACUCAGGGAUAAGCACCGAGCCAUUGCUUCAGUGUACUGGGAGCCCCACAAAACAACUUUCCAGACAAGAUUCUCAAGAAGAGAACAGAAAAGAAAACAAAGAUAACAGUCAAUUAAAAGAAACAAGUUUCCCUGAAACUUUUUCUACUGUCAGAGAAGAACAAAGAGACCAAGUAAAAGAGGAGAUUCCUCUAUCUCCCUUCAGUAUAGAGGGGAGGAUGAAGACUGGAAGCAUGGAAGACAGGCCAAUCAUACCAGAAAUUGGUACUGGACAGAAGCCUUCUGAAGAAUUUGUUGAAGAACAACUUACAGUAGACAAUAAUCUCAUAGCAAAAGAGCAGAAGGAGCAUCAGAGUAAGGCAAAAGUAACACCUCUGAAGGCUUUUCUGAAACGAAAAGAAGGUAUGGCAAGGCUCAAAAAAACCAAACAGAAGUCUUUAAAAGAAGACAGUAAGCAUUCCAGGAGAGCUUGUUUGGACUGCUGGGAUCAUUUCUGCCAGCCUGGCCAAGUGGAUGUAGGAAUACUACAGCCAGAGGAUUGCUCUCGGUUAAAUCUGCAGGUCAGUAGCUCCAUGCAGAUGGAAACACAUGAAAAAAAAGCAGACUGUGCUUUACUUGAGUGGGAGAUAAAGGCUCAAGGUGAGUGUGAAGCAAAAGUAGCUGAGCAAAGUACAGAAGAAAAAGAAGUGACUGGGAGAGAUGAAGACGCAAAGGAAAAUCCUGUUGACUCACCACAGAGAAGGUGGCCUGAACUCCUAUUAAUACAACUGUGUCCUGAAACAGUCACAAAAAUGAACCUACAAGUAGGUGAGGAAAGGGAAACUCAUCAUAUCGAUUCUCUAGGGCAAGCAGGAAGAACUGAUGAAAGACCUGUGGAGGGUACCCUGCAAAAGGGCCUAGGUAGGGUGGAUGGCACCCUGAAGGGUCAUGUCACAGAAGGAGCAAAAAUGCCCUUGCAAGUCCUGCAAAAGCAUUCUCCACUUCAGGAUUUAGAAACAGAUUGCACCAAGGUGACAGAGUGGAGUGCAGGCCCUGUGUUCACACAAGCACAGAAGUGGGUUCAGGUAUGCCCACAGGAACUUGUUUUGGGGAGCCAGAGUGCAGAAAGUAAAAGUAAAAUCCUUACUGGGUUUAAGAUGGUCAAUGAUAAGAUAGUAAAAAUUACACAUAGCUCACCUGAGGCUGUGGAGAAGAGAAGCUCAUCCUCAGUCUUGCAGCAGGAGUGGCAAAGGAAGGGGACAGCUGCCUCAACGUGGCAUGUUGCAUCUUUGUCUUGUGCGUCAAGCUGCUUGUCCUCCAACAGUGAUGAUGACCCCAAAUGUCACUGCAUUCAGUAUCCAUCCCAGCAUGAGCCUCAAGGAGUAGAUCAUACUGAUAGACAUUUGGAUCUCUCUGAUGGUGACUAUGCCAGUGACGAGCCCAGUGAAAAUGAAAAAAUGUUUGUUAAAAAGUACAGCAGAUCAGCCCCAAGGAAGCAAGAUAUCCAAGUGACCGCAAGACAACAAGGGCUCUCCUGCAGCACAAGCAGCAGUGAUUCCAGUACCGGGGAUGUCAGGCUGAAAGGGAGCAAGGCUCACUCUUCUCUUCAGCAGUCCCUAUUUCAUCUCACAAGAUCAAAAAGGAGAGGACAUGAACCUGAAUCAAAGAAUGAGAAUAGGGCCAGGGAUGUUAAAAGCCUGGAUCUGCCAUCCUCAACAGUGGCUGGUGAGGUUCCUGCUUUCAAGAUUAAAGAAACCCCUGCAGUGGAGAAACCACAGAAAAAACUGCUUACAGACACAUUAGAUAUCUAUAUAGAAGAAACCCAGAACAUCCUUACCAGAGGAUUAGAGACUGGUGUGCAUAAUGGACAAACCCCUUCACUGACCAGGGUGAAAGAAGAACAAGAGAAAGCAAUCAAUUUUUGCAGAACACAAAUGGACCAGUUCAAGACUUUCAGGAGCCAGGAGCUGACUCACCCUUUGGAAAACAACGGAGACCAAAUUCACACACCGCAGAAAGAAAAAGUUGCCCAUAGCAAGUUCAAAGGAACAGCUAGAGUCACUGGAGAAAAUGUGAAAUCACAAGAACUGCAAAUAUUAAAACAGCAGAUUGCGGGACUGCAGGAGGAGUUCAAGAGAAACAAGUCCUGCUGGCAUGCUGCCUACGGCAAGCUGAGAGACCAGGUUGAGAUGCUGACCAGGCAGAACAUCGAGCUCCGAGAUGAGCUCAGAGUUUCAGAACAUCAGAGAUGGAAAGCAGAAAAAAACACAGAAGCUGUGAAUUUCGUGGACAGAAAAUCAGACACCCCGGUUGCAGAAGCUAUUCUGCAAGAGACAGCAUCUUCUCCCAAACAAGAAGAAAGAUCAUGGAGAGAUAAUCACAAGAACUACAGCAUCUCUCAUGUGAGGCCAAAGACAUCUUUGCAGAAGCAUCUCUUUAGAGAUGUGAAUAGCAAGGCAAUAAAAAGCUCUGUGCAAAAGACUGAUCCUUUGAGACUGGUGACAAAGGAUCAUCAAGAAAAGAAACCAUCCAAGUGGUCCCUUGGCAGAAGCACAACACCAACUGGCAGAAUGCCUCACCACGAAAGACCUUUUGAACCAGGAAAAGUUGUACAUCAACUCUCUCUGACUGGAAGAAGAACAGAUGAUAGGAAGUUACCUGGAGCUGUCUCACAUCAGCAUCAUUUUAAGGAGCCUAACUUAUCUUCCUAUGUGAAAGGCAGGCUGUUGCCCAUUUCUGAUAGCUCAGAAGACAUGCCUCUCUCACAUAACCACAGCAACAGCACUUGCAGCUUUGCACUCUGCAGUAAUGAUGAAGUAACUGAGGAAGAAGAGACUCUUAAUCUUAAAAAACUGGAAAAAUCACUAAAACCUCAGAAUAAAGUGGCUUUUGUGACCACACACAGGAGAAGUGGUAUAACUACAUAUGACAACAAAGUACCUUCAGACAGUUCUGCUUUUCUGGAUGCUGAAGCAAAGCCUCCAAAAUCAAUAUUAUCUCAAAGAUCGGUAUUACAUCAAGAAAGAAGAAAAAGUGAGGAAAAGGUGCAGGAAAAAAUAGAGUAUCGUGAUGGAAAGGUAGAAGAGGUGCUCACCGAUGGACGCCGAAUCAUCACUUUCCGCAAUGGUACUAAAAAAGAGAUCAGUGCUGAUAAAAAGAUGACUACGAUCAGCUUUUUCAAUGGAGAUGUAAAGAAGAUCAUGCCAGAUCAGAGAGUGAUUUAUUAUUAUGCAGAUGCACAGACAACCCACACUGCUUAUCCAGAUGGCCUGGAGGUGCUGCAGUUCCCUAAUAAUCAGAUAGAAAAACAUUAUCCUGAUGGCACACAAGAAAUUGUGUUCCCAGAUCACACAGUGAAAUGCCUCUAUAGUGAUGGAUCCAAGGAAACUUUUUUCCCAGAUGGUACAAUAGUAAAAGUAGAAAAGAAUGGAGAUAAAAUAGUGACAUUCAGUAAUGGCCAAAAGGAGGUUCACACUGCGCAGUUCAAGAGGCGGGAGUACCCGGAUGGCACUGUAAAAACUGUGUACUGCAAUGGCAGACAAGAAACCAAGUACUCCACUGGGCGAGUUCGAAUCAAAGAUGAGGAGGGUAAUAUCAUCCUGGACAAGAGGUGAUUCCUCCCAUCCAAGGGUGGCACUGUACUUUCUAGUGAGUCAGACUGUCAACAAAUCACCAAAUCACAGAGCAUCUUUGGAAGAAAUGCAUUGAAUACAACAAGAAGCAUUGCUAAUAUUGAUCAUACAUAUGCUGCAGUUUAUUAAUUUAAUCAUGAUACCCUGAAUACCCAUGCAGUUUUGAUGUCAGCUGGUGUGAUAAUAGAAUUGCAUUGUUUUUCCUAUACUCCUGUAUAACAAAGGAACAAUUUCUAAACCUGUUCUUUUCACUACUGAAAUAUUUAAUAUAUUUUAUGUGUUUUGUAAAAAGAAUCUCUAAUUAAAAGAAAUCCAAGAGAUGAUUCUUUUCCACGUGUUUCACCAAGAAUUUCAGUUCAGUGAUGCCUUUUACUCACUAAAACAAAUCUACAUUGUUUUUUGUUUUUUUUUUCUUCUCAAUUAAGCAUCACAAAUGAAGUGAAUGUGAUUAAUGUUUUCAGUUUGGCUGGGAAACUAGAUGUGAUACUAAUGUUUUGUAGAGGAUCACUGUUUUUAUUCCCAGGAAUUCCUUUAAACAAAAGGUCCCUGUUCUCCAGUUAAUAUGCUGACAUUCUCUUUGUUUCCAUAGUAAUAGAGAAAACAGGCUUUAUUUGAAGCUUUUAGCCUUAAAUCACCAUUUGCCAUUCAAUAACCUGUGUAUAUAAUCCCUUCCAAUUGUAAAUCAAAUAAGGAACUAUUUUAUUUGUAUGCUGCUUGCUCCUUGCUUCAUUAAGCACUCUCUGCUGCACUUGGAGGAAGCACUCGGAUUCUGGAAUAACGAGGGCUGCGAUCCCGCACAGGUGUAACACAUGAGGGACAUUUGAAAGGCAGUCUGUAAAACUGUGUUUGUGUAGACACACGUGUGCAGGCACCGUGCUGAUGUGUGCAAACACGUUGCUGACGUGUGCAUUGCCCUGGUUGAUGCCUGCUUACAGGGAGCUUGUGAUGGUACCCAAGUAUGGGCCUGGUUCUACUUUCUGGCAUAUCAAUGGCAAAACUUCCAUUGGUGAAAUCAAAAGGUGAGACUACUGGAGAUUUCAUGGUACUUUUGUCAACCAGUGUGUGGUCACCAUUUUUACCAAGAUGUCUUUUUUGGGUAAUAUUUUAUAGCGUAAUAGCAAAUGGAUUAUUGAAAUAAAGGGCACAAAUUUGGUUUGAAAAGGAGAAGACAAAAAACCACCUACAUAAAUGACAAGCUCUGUCAGGUAUAAGUGGGAGUCCUACACAGACCAGUGAUGACACAUGCUACAUUAUUUUUCUCAGGCUGAUUCUCACAACCUAUCUCCUCCGCCUCCCACUUGCAUUAGUGAACCAGAAGCAGUAAUGACCCUACCAGCUAUAGUUCAUUGUUGUAGGAAAGCAAUCCAAUUUAAGUGUGACUGCAUACGUUCUUAAACUGUAGCAAUGCACAUAUCUACUUUACUAUGGUUUUUGUCCUAGAGGGUUCACAGUGAAAAUAAUUUAUGAAUCCUUCAGGGAGAUAGAACAGUUGGGAAACCCCACUUUUCAUCUUUUCACAGGUUUUCUGGCAUUAGCGCAAGGCUGCUACAGCCAUUAUUUGGCCUCAAUUUUGAUUCAAAUUUAGAAUACGCUCCAAGUUCUGAACAGUUACUUCAAUUCAAACAGCUAAGGACAACAGAGAUGCACAAGGGCAGGGCAGUAUUUUGACCAUAAUUUCAAAUGCUUCAGUUCAGCAUUAGUAUUUUUCCAUGCACAGUUGAUAGCAAAAGUUUUAUUGCAAGCAAAACAAAGCUGCCUAACCACUGUACCCACCAGGUGGCUAAUUCAGAGCCUGCGAGAGACAGGUUUGAUCCAGUCUUCUGAAUGUGACGUCUGCCUCUGUUACCUUGGGAAGCCUAAUUAUUUCUUUAUUAAGAGUUUUUCUGAAACAAAACACUAGAGCAGCAUAUACAUUUUUAAACAAUUACUUUCUCUAAGAAUUCCUACAGAAUCCUACUGGUAAUAAAAUGGAAGUUAUUUCAUACUGUUGUUUCAUACAAUGUAAAAUUAAUUUCUGGAAAUGAAUGCUGGGAAGCUCACUGGAUUCUUUGAAAACAUGAUAAUUUUGUGUCAUUCAUAUUACCUGCGCCUUUGUAAAGUGAGUGCAUGUUGAAUGUUCCCCAUGUAAAGUGACUGGUUUUCCAAGCCAUAAAG